AUGGGUUGUGAAAUAUUCUCUGAAUUGACUCGAAGGUCCUUUUUCCAAGAAAUCAAAGAGGAUGUUGAUGGAACUGUUACAUGUAAAAUGCAUGAUUUAAUCCAUGACGUUGCAACAUCAAUUAUGGGUCAUGAAUGCUACGCAAUUGAGCUUAAUGAGAGGUCGAAAAUACCAAAAACUGCUCGUCACUUUAAACAAAAGCAUCUGAAGGUGUUGGAUUUUGGUUAUGGUUUUAGCAGUAUUGCAUUUGGAAGUUUGAAACAGCUAAGGUAUUUACGCCUUCAUGAUGAUACUAUGAAAACUCUACCUGAAGCAACAAGCUCCCUUCAUAACUUGCAGACACUAAAUCUCCAACGGUGUUAUCGUCUUGAAAUGUUACCAAAAGGUAUGAAGCACUUGAAAAACCUUAGGUACUUGGACCUCGGAAAGUAUACUUCACUGGCAUCUAUGCCUGUUGGAUUGGGACAACUGUCGUGCUUGCGUAAGCUCAGCAUGUUUGUUGUGGGAAAGGACAUUGGUUGUGGAGCCAUUGAUGAGUUGAAAGAGUUGGCCCUGGAGGGGGAAUUGAGCAUCAGAGGACUUCACAACGUAAAGAGUUCAACAGAUGCUAAAAAUGCCAAUUUGAUAAAGAAGCAAAAUUUGAGAUCAUUAAGCUUAUCUUGGCGAGUAAAUAAUAGGGAAAGAUCUCAAGGUGGAAAUGAUGAAGAGAUUCUUGAUGUUCUUCAACCUCAUCCAAGCUUGAAGAAGUUAAGCCUAGAUGCUUACCAAGGUGAUAGGUUUCCAUAUUGGAUGAUGGAUCUGCUUCUACCAAACCUUGUUGAAAUCUCACUUGAAGAUUGUGAACUAUGCGAUCAACUUCCACCUCUAGGGAAAUUGCGCUUCCUUAAGGUCCUUACUAUCAACGGAAUGGGUGCUCUGAAGUAUAUUGACAGCAACUUCUAUGGAGAUAUGGAAAGUUCUUUUCCAUCACUCAAGGUUCUCGAAAUAGGUAUGGCACCAUGUUUGGAGGAAUGGAUAACCCUGAAUGGUAGAGAACAGUUUCCUCUCUUAAGUUCGUUAACUAUCAAAUAUUGUCCCAAGUUGGUUAAGAUGCCAAUGCUUCAAUGUCUUGAAAACCUAGAAAUUGGAAGCAUUAAUGUUACUUUACUCAAAUCUUUGAUCAUGAAUGCCACUAUUCUUACAUCUCUCCAGAUUAAUGAAGUUGAUAAGUUAACGGAAUUACCGGAUGGACUAUUGCACAAUCAAAAACACCUUGACAGCUUGACGUUUGUGUCAAGUACUCUAAAGUCUUCAUGUGAUCUACCGGAUAAUCUAUCCACCCUUAAACACUUGAGUUUUGAGUGGAGCUUAGGACUUGAAAGCUUGCCUUCAGGAUUACAAAACCUCAGCUCUUUAGAAACUUUGAAUUUAAGUCAAUGUGACAGACUAGUAUCACUUCCAGUAAAUGGUUUGCAAGGCUUAUCUUCUUUGUCUUCAUUGUGGAUUCAAAAUUGUGAGAAAUUAGCCUCUUUAUCUGAGGGGGUGAGGUAUCUGACUUCACUCCAAUACUUGCGUAUCCGUGGAUGCCCAAAGUUAACCUCAUUGCCCGAUAGUUUCCAAUAUCUCUCUUCUCUUCGAUCGCUACAUAUAAGCUAUUGUGAGAGAUUAAUUUCUCUCCCAAAUGAGAUAGAACACCUGGCCUUACUUUCAAAACUGGAGAUUGAAUGUUGCCCUAAUUUGAUGUCAUUGCCCCGAGGGAUACGCGGCCUCACGGUAUUGGAAACACUGAAAAUCGUAGAAUGCCCACAUCUAGAAAGGCGGUGUAAAGAAAAGAGAGGAGAAGAUUGGCCCAACAUAAAUCACAUUCCAAUCAUUAAAAUACAGAAAAAGCUCAGCGAGUUCAUUGUGGGAAAGGGCUAUGGCUGUGGUGGCAUUGAUGAGUUGAAAGAGUUGGACCCACGAGGGAAUUGA